UCAGUAGAUAACAGUUCCUUCAUAUUCUUGUUUUUAUUAUUGAUGAUGAAGACGUUGAUGGAGUUUUAUGAGUUGGUGAAUGGGUUGAAGCCGGUGGUGGUGAUGGUGGUGGUUCAAGUGGCGUACGGUGGUGUUAAUGUGCUCUAUAAAUUAGCAAUCAGCAAUGGAAUGAGCGCCAGGAUCAUUGCUGCCUACAGAUAUAUUUUUGCUACUGUUUUCAUGAUUCCUCUUGCUCUCUACUUUGAGAAAAAGAGUAUAACUAAACUUACAUGGACAGUACUUUUUCAAGCGUUUCUUUGUGGGUUAUUUGGGGGAUCAUUAUCUCAAAAUCUGUACUUGGAAAGUUUAGUCUUGAUAUCUCCCACAUUUGCUACUGCCAUUUUUAAUCUUGUACCAGCAAUUACCUUCAUCUUAGCCAUCUCUUUUGGGCUUGAGAUAGUGGGAUUAAAAACUCCAGCAGGAAAAGCAAAAGUGUUAGGGACAGUAAUGGGAAUUAGUGGAGCUAUGCUACUGACCUUCUACAAAGGACCAGAAAUUAACGUUUGGAAAACAAAUAUUAAUCUUCUGAAACAUCAUCAAUCUCAUCAAACCCACUUGGCUUCAUCUUCAUCAUCUCAUAUCUUAGGUUGUUUAUUAGCUUCGGGCAAUUCCAUCGGCUAUGCUUUGUGGUUAAUCGUUCAGGCUAAGAUGAGUGCAACAUAUCCAUAUCCAUAUUCAAGCACAGCUUUAAUGUCAUUAAUGGGAUCAAUUCAAGCCACUGUUUAUGCUAUUUGCAUUGAGAAAGAUUGGAGUGCAUGGAAGCUAGGCUGGAAUAUAAGGUUGCUCACGACAAUAUAUGCGGGAAUGUUUAUAGCUGGCCUGAUGACCACUCUUGUAAUAUGGUGUGUGCGCAAGAAAGGUCCACUGUUUGUCUCCAUCUUUAGCCCUCUAAUGCUUGUGUGUACUGCCUUGGCUGGAUCUAUACUACUUAAUGAAAAUCUACACGUGGGAAGUAUGGGAGGAGCAGCAUUGAUAGUGUGUGGUUUAUAUGCUGUACUAUGGGGCAAAAACAAAGAGAUGAAGAAAGUGAGUCAACUUGUUCCAUUAAGAACCUUCCAAGAAACUGAAAAGAUUGAGGUGGUUGUUUCUUCUCUCAAAAAUGAUAAUGACAACAAUCACUCCAACGUUGAACAUUGCAAUAAAGACAUGACGACGGCUGACGAUUUUUUACAAAAACAAGAUAAAUAAUAAGAUUUACAAAGAAGCAAUUAACAAAAAAAAAUUCGCAGACCGUGGUCUCGCCAUUGUUCCAAUUUCCAAUUGCCACCAAGCUUGGGCAAAUUGGAAAUUAUUUAUGCAUCUGCUUUUUUUAUUUU